GUCUACCAGUACCUCUGCAGCCAGAGUGAGAUAUUCUCUGACAUUUACAAGAUCUGGGAGCUCACAAGUGGCCUGUGCCUGGAGGUGGGGAGGAAGAUGAUCAGUGUGACACAGGGUAACACUGACAAUCCACUCAUCCCUGGAAAUGCUUCCUCCAAAGGCCCCGGGGGCGAAGAUGCGGAAAGCACUGUAAUUGUUGAUGUUCUCAUGAACCAUCACCUGCAGGACACCAGCUUCACCCACGAGUCCUUGGAGAAGUACAUGAAAGAUUACAGGAAGUCAAUCACAUGCAAAGUGCAAGAACACAGACCAGAAAGACGGAAACCUUUCAGGACAGGGACUGCAGGACAAGUCAAACACCUCCUUGCUAAUUUCAAGAACUAUGGAUUCUAUGUUGGUGAAAACGUAAAUCCAGAUGGCAGGAUUGCUCUGCUGGACGACCGUGAGGACACUGUGGUCCCAUUGAUGAUUCUCCUUAAGAACGGGUUGAAGAUGGGAAAAUGUUAA